CCCACACACCAUACAUGCGCCCCGUUUUAAGUAGCGCUCUACCCUGUUCCGAUGACCGCCACGUUGAUCAUUGGAUAAGUUUCGUCCUAUGGUAGUGUUGUUCAUCUCACGAGCGGCUGGUUGAUUGCCGUUCUUCGCGACAGUCUAAGCAAGAAGCUGCGUAGGAAAAGGAGAUUCGUCCUUAUCUACACAAAAUCGAGUUCACAGAAGCGGCGCUUGGCUUCCCAAGCUUUCCUCCCUCCCUCCUUCCAUCCUCCCUCCGGUCGUACCCCUCGCGGGGCUCGAACCCACGACCUCCACCGCUCGUCCGUCCUAUUACCCCAGCAGGCAGAGCGGCUCCCAUGGGGGGCCAAAACGAGGAAUCCGGGGAAGCAAAUACUCGAGAAGGCGCGGCGCAAGCGACGCGCAGUAGUUUUGGAACUAGUGACGCAAUCGCUGGCGUACCUAGCCACCUUAGCGACGCGCAUCUCAUUGGCGGCGUUGGCGGCGUUGGCGGAGGCAUGGAUGCAGGCGGAACGGGAGGAGCUGGCGGAGGGAGCGGGAGGGGGGAGGGGGGAGGAGAUGGGGUACGAGGGGCGUUGGAUGACGUGGCACUUGCAGGGCAUCCUGACGACCCGCUCUCGUGGUCCGUGGAGGGCGUGGGCGAGUGGCUACAGCAGCAGGGCUUUGGGGAGUACCGGGGGGUGUUUGCCGUGCAGCAGAUCACCGGGGCCGCGCUGCUCAGGCUGUCCCGCGAGUCAUUGGCCGAGCUGGUGCCGUCUCUGGGGCCCAGAAUGGCGGUGCUGGACGCCAUAGAAAGGCUCCGAGGGUGGAAGGCUGAUCCAAGGCAUGUGGGGGAGGGGCUAGUCUCGGGCUUGCAUGCCUUUGCUGCGAAGUUUGUGCAUGGUCUAGAUCACUUGCUGAAUGACCCUAUAGAGGGUGCGUCAAAGGAAGGUGUCUCCGGGCUAAUGCGCGGUCUCUCCAUGGGCAUCACUGGAGCCAUCAAGCAUCCAGUGGAGGGCGUGGCCCUGCUGUCCCAGCAGCUAGGAGACGGCCUUCGCCGCACCCCCGACGCCCUCUUCGGCCGCUCCCCUGCACUAGAAGACAAGCAGCGCUCCGCCCCCCCCUCCCCUGUAGUCACCCCCACCCCCUCCUCCUCCUCCACCUCUGCCACCUCUUUCCCUGGCUCUUUUCCUACGUCUUUCCCCCAUAACGAGGAUUCUGUGGGACUGUUAUCCCACCCCACCGCUCUGCACCUGGACCCAGCGUUUGGCUCCUCCUCCUCUGUAUCCCCCUCUCAAGCUCUGUCCCGUUAUAAGAACAGCUCGUCCCCUGCUGCAGCAAAGAAAAAGCUAGGAGCAGGGAUGGCGGCGGGGGACGAGAGGGGAGGGGGGGAGGACGAAGGGGGGGGGGCGGGCGGGGGGAGGGUCGUGGGGAAGGGGGAAACGGGGGGGGAGGAGCGGGGGAUGUUUUGGAAGGGGCUGCGGGGGAUGGUAGCAACGAAUGCACCGACGAUGGUGAGGAGAAUAGAGGAAGCAAAGCCGGACUUUCUCAAGGACGAGGGGGAUGGGGCGCGGCCGACGCACAUAGGCGAGGGCAUCCUGGUGGGCAUGCGGUGCUUCGGCAGCGACCUGUAUGACGGGCUUACAGGGAUCGUGACAGAGCCAAUGAGGGCCAUGGCAAUGGCAAGGGACAAGGGGUCAGGAUCAGCAGCAGUGCCGGCAGCAGUCAUGAGAGGGCUAGCCAAGGGCCUCGCAGGGUGAGAGGACUAGCCAAGGGCCUCGCAGGGUGAGAGGACUAGCCAAGGGCCUCGCAGGGUGAGAGGACUAGCCAAGGGCCUCGCAAGGUGAGAGGACUAGCCAAGGGCCUCGCAGGGUGAGAGGACUAGCCAAGGGCCUCGCAGGGUGAGAGGGCUAGCCAAGGGCCUCGCAGGGUGAGAGGACUAGCCAAGGGCCUCGCAGGGUGAGAGGACUAGCCAAGGGCCUCGCAGGGCUAGCCAAGGGCCUCGCAGGGUGAGAGGACUAGCCAAGGGCCUCGCAGGGUGAGAGGGCUAGCCAAGGGCCUCGCAGGGUGAGAGGACUAGCCAAGGGCCUCGCAGGGUGAGAGGACUAGCCAAGGGCCUCGCAGGGUGAGAGGAC